UUCCUCAGGGCUCUGUACUUGGCCCACUUCUCUUCUCUAUCUACACCCGCUCUCUGGGUAAGGUCAUAGCCUCCCAUGGCUUCUCCUACCACUCCUAUGCAGAUGACACUCAGCUUGUUCUGUCAUUUCCUUCUUCAGACACGCAAGUCUCAGCUCGCAUCUCAGCAUGUCUGCGAGAUAUCUCACAAUGGAUGUCAGCUCAUCAUCUAAAACUUAAUCCCAGCAAGACAGAGAUGUUGCUCAUUCCUGGAGAUCAGUCUCCAACCCAGGACCUAGUAAUUUCUCUGGAUGACUUCCAGAUUAGACCAUCUGAUAAGUUCCAUUGAAGUGAAAGAGCUUUCUCUCUCUCUCUCUCUCUCUCUCUCUCUCUGUGUCUCUCUCUCUCUCUUAACGGGAAUCUCCUCUAUAACGUCACGUCGAGCUGACCGCGGGAUCGCGAGCGCGCACUGCUGACAAGGUAGCCCGGGUUUUACAGCAGUGGGCGGGGCUGUCAGGUCUCGGCUGUUCGGUGGGCGGAGUUACAGGAGGCUUGUCAGCAGCAGGAUAACGCGGUGAAACACUUGAGGCUGAGGUUUGCUGUGGCUGAAGAUGUAUGAGGAUUAUUUCAUCAUAACUUAUCAGAACAGAGAGUAACAAUGUGCUCCAGUGGGGAUUGCAAUUGUGGAUGUCUAUAUUCCACUUUCCCUGUAACUACUUUGCUGCAUCUGACCAGUAAACCAUAAAAGUGCAAUACUCAGACUCCUCAUCUACAGAAAAAACCCAGUUCGCUCAUGUUGGUUUGGUUGGACUGUCCCAUUUUCUACCAUGAAAAGGCCCAAACAGCAGUCCCAGGCCUUUAGCUUUCUCAGCUUCUUCACCCGCAAGCCCAAAUCAGACCCCAAGACCGAGAAACCAACUGCUGCCUUAGCCCGAGAUGAAGUGGCCAUCACACUAACACCCAACGAACAGGAACCUGCACAGCAAGAGCUGAUUGUCGAUGAGAGAGAUGCCAGUGGAGAGGCUGGUGAAGCAGGUUUGGUUACAGCUGAAGACACUCAGGUUGAGCAGGCUGUGGAAUGUGUGAGCAGUGGCUCAACAGGCCUCGUGUCGCUUUCCUCCUCAAGCCAGGAGCAGCUGCUUGAGCACCUAGUAGAGUGCCCGCUGUGCCUACUGAGCCAGCCACGCACCCACUUCCCUCGCUUAUCCUCAUGCUCGCACCGCGCAUGUGCCGACUGCCUACGCCAGUACCUGCGCAUCGAGAUCUCCGAGAGCCGCGUGGGCAUCGCCUGCCCACAGUGCCCUGAAGCACUGGCUCCACUGGAUGUGCGUGCGAUCCUGGAUGAUGUUGCACUGCUGGAACGAUUCGAGGAGUACCAGCUGCGCCGAUUCCUGGCAUCUGACCCUGACACACGCUGGUGCCCAGCUCCGGACUGCAGUUAUGCAGUGAUAGCAUAUGGCUGUGCUGAGUGUCCAAAGCUAAGCUGUGGCCGUGAGGGAUGUGACACUGAGUUCUGCUACCACUGCCGUCAGCUGUGGCACCCCGACCAAACGUGUGAUCAGGCCAGGCGCCAGCGUGCCCGCCACACACUGGGCAGCAAUGAUGCUUCAGGGCUUUACGUCUUUAGCGAGGAGCCUGGCGGAGAUGCUGAGGAGAUUAAAGCAUGUCCACGCUGUGGUGCUUACAUCAUGAAGACCAACGAUGGUAGCUGCAACCGGAUGAACUGCACAGUGUGCGCCUGUCAGUUCUGCUGGCUGUGUAUGCAGGAGAUCACAGACGUGCACUACCUCAGUCCCUCAGGCUGCACCUUCUGGGGAAAAAAGCCAUGGUCGCAGACGAGGAAGGUCCUGUGGCAGGUGGGCAUGCUGCUUGGAGCUCCCGUGGUGAUCUCGCUCAUUGCAGGCAUCGCCAUACCAGUCAUCAUUGUGGGAAUCCCUAUAUACAUGGGCCGUAGGGUCCAUGGUCGCUGUAAGAAAAACAAUAUCUCAGGAAGUAAGCACUACUUGACAGUGGCCAGUGGGGUCAUGACAUCAGUGUUUGUCUCUCCAGUCCUAGCAGCUGUCACUGUGGCGGUUGGAGUACCUCUGAUGUUGACCUAUGUUUAUGGCGUGGUCCCCAUGUCACUGUGUCGGAACGGUUGGUGCAGGACUCAUACCGAAGACCCCGAAACACACAAGAUCCAACUGGAAGACUUAGCCAAUUGUCUUUUGUUUUCUAAUGUAGUCAGUGACCAUUGGACUGGACAGCCCAAGCCUGCCUUGAGCGAUGCCAGCCUGCAAGAAGUUAGUGUGGAGGAAAUCCCAGCGCUCCCCAGUACCAGUGCCGUCCUACAGCCUGAAGCAUCCUCGGAGCCACCUGAUAAAGGACCAGAGGCCAAGCAGGACGACCAAUCAGAUGACGCAGAAGCAGUAGAUGAGUGUGCCUUUAGCAGUGCACAGACGUUUGCCUUGAGGGAUAGGACUAAUAUUGAGGUGCGGGUGGAGAUCGAGGCACAGCCGCGUGGUGCCCGUCAGCCCAGUCUUAGCAGCGUCCUCUCCAGUCGAAGCCUGUCAGCAGAGUCUCUUCACCAUUCCCAAGAUCCUCUCUGUGCCUCUCAACAGCCAGUGGACAAAGACCCUCAGCUGGUUACAGAGACUGACAGCGUCUGAUCCUGAUGCGCUUCCACCGCCUACUGCACCUCCCACCAGCUGCUUCUAACCUCUGUUAUUCACACAGAGUCAGCGAAGGAGACCAAUAAAGCGAGAGAGGAGGAAGAUAGUCUUCAAAAUCGUGACAGAGAUCAGGAGACAAACCUCCAGGGCAGCUGAGAAAAUACCACUAUAGUGACUACUGACAAUAAUAUGAACUACUGACAGAACUAAAGCAUGUUUGCAAACGAAUCUUAUGGUUAGAUACUUUUUUACUGUGCUACAAAGACGUUACAUAGCCGGAUGAUGUUUUAUUUGUUUUAUUUGUUUAACUCUUCUUAUAGCUGCAAUAUACAUUUAUAUUAAGUGGCUGUAUGAUUUGAUCUCCUAACUAACAAUAAAUGAAGGAACCCCAGCAUGA